AUGUCGGUAACCAACGUCAAACAACCGGGACAAGCAACAAUGUUAUUUAAAAAGACAAUUAUAGUUACAGGUGCUUCACGGGGGCUAGGCAAAAGCAUUGCAAGCUCAAUACUGGCUCGGUAUCAGGAUUCCCAAGUUGUCUUGGUUGCACGUAAUAAGCUGUUAUUGGAUGAAUUUGUGAAUUCACAAAACGAAGAAGAUAGAAACAGAAUCUUAGUAAUCAACGGGGACAUCACUAAAACCGACACAAUCGAAAAAUGUAUAUCUCAGACAUUGAACAGAUUUGGCAGGAUAGACGGAGUAGUUUUUAAUGCUGGUGUUCUUGGCCCGGUUGGCCAUUUACAUGAAAACAAUAUUGAUAUUAAAGAAGUUAGAAAUUGUUUUGAAAUCAACUUCUUCAGUAUCAUUGCAUUUUUGGAGAAACUCCUUUCUACUUCAGAUGUGAAACUGCUGGACAUUAUCUUUGUUUCAUCAGGCGCAAGCUGUCGUGGGAUCGAUGGCUGGCUUGCAUAUGGAACGUCUAAGGCAGCACUUAAUCAGUUGUGCGUCCAAUUACAUUCUGAGUACUCGGGAAGAGUUAGGUGCACCAGCAUGGCUCCCGGUGUAGUAGACACAGCAAUGCAGGAACUUAUUCGUAGUGAUCAUAUUUCCAAUGGAAUGACAGAUUCUGCACAUAAAAUGUUCGUAGACUUAUAUUCGAACGGAAAACUCCUGAAUCCAGAUACCGUGGGUAGUUUGUAUGCUAAAAUGGUGGUAGAAGGAAUCCCCGAAAAUGUUCAAGGAAGAUAUUGCCGUUGGGAUGAACUGUAA